AUGUGUAAAUGUAUUAUUGCACGGUCAACAAAACAAAGGUCACAAGCAAUUGACCUAGAGAUGACAUUCAGCGCUGGGAAAGAACGAUUCUUCAGAGGAUUUUAA